UGCACGCCGUCGGUCAGCGAAGGUGAAGUUGCGUCGUUGCGUUUCAUCGGUUUCACGGUACGAGACCAACGACUUCUCGACCUAUUCAACAUACAGCCUGGGAAGAAGUUUUAAAGGCCCCUGGAAAAAGAAGGUUAAAAAAGGGCAGCAUUUCAACUAGCUUCGGCACUUUUUCAUCCACCACGUCCGCCUAAUUGAGGAGCCUACUUGACCAAUGGAACCUAUCCAGUCCUCAAGUUGUGGAGCGGGAGCUGCACUUUUGGGUGAGGCCAGCUGCGCACUGAAACCUACCGAAGACAUCCAUGUCACCAGAAAUCGGCGUAGGAGCGUCAGCCAUCUGGUCACCCAUGGUGAUGAGCAGAAGUACCAGUGCCCCCAAGCCUUUUCUGAGAGAUCCAGCCUGAUCCGCCAUAGUCGAACACACAGUGGUGAGAAGCCAUUUAAGUGUAAGCUGUGCCCCCAAGCCUUUUCUGAGAGAUCCAACCUGAUCCGCCAUAGUCGAACACACAGUGGUGAGAAGCCAUUUAAGUGUAAACUGUGCCCCCAAGCCUUCUCUAAUAGUUCCCACCUGAUCUGCCAUAAUCGUACACACAGUGGUGAGAAGCCAUUCAAGUGUAAGCUGUGCCCCCAAGCCUUUUCUGAGAGAUCCAGCCUGAUCCGCCAUAGUCGAACACACAGUGGUGAGAAGCCAUUCAAGUGUAAGCUGUGCCCCCAAGCCUUUUCUGAGAGAUCCAGCCUGAUCCGCCAUAGUCGAACACACAGUGGUGAGAAGCCAUUUAAGUGUAAACUGUGCCCCCAAGCCUUCUCUAAUAGUUCCCACCUGAUCUGCCAUAAUCGUACACACAGUGGUGAGAAGCCAUUCAAGUGUAAGCUGUGCCCCCAAGCCUUUUCUGAGAGAUCCAACCUGAACCGCCAUAGUCGAACACACAGUGGUGAGAAGCCAUUUAAGUGUAAACUGUGCCCCCAAGCCUUCUCUAAUAGUUCCAACCUGAUCUGCCAUAAUCGUACACACAGUGGUGAGAAGCCAUUCAAAUGUAAGCUGUGCCCCCAAGCCUUUUCUGUGAGAUCCAGCCUGAUCCGCCAUAGUCGAACACACAGUGGUGAGAAGCCAUUUAAGUGUAAACUGUGCCCCCAAGCCUUCUCUAAUAGUUCCCACCUGAUCUGCCAUAAUCGUACACACAGUGGUGAGAAGCCAUUCAAGUGUAAGCUGUGCCCCCAAGCCUUUUCUGAGAGAUUCAACCUGAACCGCCAUAGUCGAACACACAGUGGUGAGAAGCCAUUUAAGUGUAAACUGUGCCCCCAAGCCUUCUCUAAUAGUUCCCACCUGAUCUGCCAUAAUCGAACACACAGUGGUGAGAAGCCAUUCAAGUGUAAACUGUGCCCCCAAGCCUUUUCUCGGAAUUCCUCUCUGAUUCGCCAUAUUCCAACACACAGUGAUGAAAGGCCAUUUAAGCGUAAGCUGUGCCCCCAAGCCUUUUCUGAGAGAUCCAACCUGAUCCGCCAUAAUCGAGCACACCAUUGUGAAAAGUCAUUUAAGUGCUAGCUGUGCCCCAAGCCCUUGCUCAGGAUCCUCAUCUCGGAAGACAUAAGACCGGUGAGAAGCCAUUUAAGUGCAAUCUGUGCCCCAAAGCCUUUUUUUUUUUUUUCUCAGAAUUU